AAAUGAUAAAUAUAAUAAUAGUAAUGAUUAGGAUUUAUGAGUGAGUUUUAAAUAAAUAAAAGAUUUGACUAAAUUAUUGUUAGAGAAAUAUAUGGUAACAUAUUGUUAGUAUAAAUUUAAGGUAAGACCAAAAAAUAAUGAAUUAAAUGAAAGGGUCCAAACAACUUUUAUAAGAAGAUUUUUUCAGACUUCUUCCCUUUUAAUAGUAUUAACACUUACCAAGUUAACAAACUAAAUAAAACUCAUUUAUAAAUAUAAUUUUGCUAGCUUUUAUCUUAACUUAAUCAUGCUUAAGUUCUUUUCUUGUUUAAAUUACUUAUAUUAACACCAAAUUCCAUACAAUUAAUGAAAAGAAGAAGUGUUCAUAUAAAGUCCAUUGAAUAUACAAAAACUUAAAUGGGAAUAGAUUAUUACUCUUCCGGAAUUUUCAUCAUUGAAAUUAGGUUGGAAUAAAAUCGUAAACUCGUCGUAUAUUUAAUUUCUGCCACAAACAAAAUUGUUACUACUUGGUUACACAAAUAUAAAAGAAGUAUGUGUUAAAUUUUAUCUUUUUAAACUAGGACCAAAUUAGUUGUCGGUAUUGCUUUCAUGGAAAAUUGUUGGUUUUGCUCCAUAUACCCCAAUUAACAAAAACAAAAUAGGUUGGCACAAUCCAUAGCAAAACGAAUGCAGUUAUUGAGAUUGAAAAAAAAAUAUUUUUAUAUAAUUUUGUUUAACAAAAUAAUUUUUGAUCCAUUUUGAUUCGAUCAUUUGAUAUGCUCUUGGAGAUAAGUUGAGAUUAUAAAAAAAGAGAAGCGAACCAAACAAACCUGCUCAAGUGGAGAAGGCAAAAUAUAAGAUUGCCGGUUGCAUGUUCCCCGAAACUCAAUCUCAAUGUUUUGUCUCCUUUCAACAACUCUCCUUUUUUCAUGCUCACCUUUCUCCCUUUUAUACUCUUUCUUUUAGAUUGUGUUGAAGCCUAUUAAACAAUAAUGUCAAGUUACAUUAAAUAAUUUCAUUUAGGGGAUAACAAAUUAUUAAUCAACAGCUAGCUGUGCUUACUGCGUUUCUUACAUAUAAGUUAUAACUAAACAAUUUUUUAACGGAAGUUUCUACGAUAUAUGUACAAAGUGAAAAUGUAGUAUUUUAAGAAUUUCUUAUUUUCCAACCGAUAAUAUAAUAGACUAGAAAUGACAGAAUAACAAUUUUUAUGUUCAAAGUUAUGAUUUCAUGAAAGUAUACUCCCUUGGAGAAUUCAAAGCGAACCAUGCAUAUUUCAGUGCCAAUUAACCAAAAAAAAUAAGCCCAUAUUUUCAUCUCCUCUUAAUUAACUUUCCUUUUUUCUGCAAUACCUUUUUAUUUAUUUAUUUUUCUCUAUAUAAGGUCUUCAAAUCCUUCUCUACUUCAUCAUAAUUUUUUCAUCUGCUCUCUCUCUCUCUCUUCCAUCACCCGCAAAGGGUUUUUUUUUGGGCAACCAAAGUCUCAACCCUAAACUAAAAAAAAAACAAAGUCUCGAUCUUUGAUCACACUAAUAUAAAAACCAUAGUUAUCAACUCAUGGCAGAAUUCAAGAUAAAGUUCAAUAAAGGUCAUGCCUUUACAAGCAAAUGUGUUUCCUUGGUGAAGGAACAACGAGCUCGUCUCUAUAUUCUCCGCCGUUGCGCCACCAUGCUUUGCUGCUGGUACAUCCAUGGUGAUGAAUAGAGAGAGAGAGUCAUUUGAGUUCUCCUUCAAAUUAACAUCUACAUAUAACUAAAUAUGUAUAUAUAUUUUCCUCCUCUCCCAUCUCUUUUUCUUGAAGCUCCAUUGAUGUUGAAGCUCUCUGUAUGUGCUGGUGGCUGCAUGGCGUCAUCCCUCUCCAUAGAACUUUUUAUUCUCUUUAUUCUUUUGGUGCAAGACCCUGUAAAAUCUUGUUUUUUUAAACCUAAAAUAUUUUGGGUUUUUUUGUUUAGUUUUCAUGGGUUAUUUUGCAUCAAUUAAAAGAGAGAUAGACUUUAUCCGCCGAUUGUGCUGGCGGAGUUUUUUUUUAUUUCUGGAACAUAUGGAGAAAGAGGCCAAUGAUGAUGAUGUUAUGUGAGCAAAUGAGUUCCUACUAUGAAGUCUUGUGGAAGUUUUGGGUUUAGUUUCAUUUUUACCAAAAAGUCUGUUUUGGUUUCAUAUAUAUCAUAAGAUCUUCUUCUUUGACUUUUGCCUCAGGUUGUUAAACAAUGCGAGAAUAAAAAAAAAAGAAUAAACACAACCUUUUUGAUC